GGCAUCGAAACGUUUGCAGUUGUUGUUUCUUCUUCUAGUGCGCCUCGUCGUUGUGCUCCCAUCCAAAAGUCGGUUAGCCACAUUCCAAGUGGUGUUCGGUGCUUGGAUCAGUUAAAGGAUAGACAAGUGGAGAAACGCGCUAGGACAUCGACGCGCUGCAAUGCUAAAGAUAUUUCUGCUGAGCGCUGCGCUGGGCAUUGCCUGUGCUGGCGUUAUAGGACCUGGGCCGUACUAUGGCGGUCUAGGGGGACCCCUGCACACCUAUGCCGGCUAUGGGCCACACCACGGGCCACCGCAAUACGCAGCACCAGCACCCAAGCCCGUUGCACCGGAGCCGUACGAUGCAGAUCCCAAGUACUCUUUUGGAUACGACAUACAGGAUGGCUAUACGGGCGACCUGAAGAGCCAGCAUGAGACACGCCACGGCGAUGUGGUCAAGGGCAGCUACUCGGUUGUGGACCCCGACGGCACCAAGCGCACCGUUGACUACACAGCCGAUCCACAUCAUGGCUUCAAUGCGGUGGUACGUAAGGAGCCCCUGGCCUACAAGCCACUGGCACCACCCGCACCUGCACCACAUGCGCUGCUGCCUGGACCCGCGCCUGAGUUACCAACCCAACAACACACACAAACACAUAUU